AUCGUUAUCAUCAAUCAAUCUAUAAUUUCCAUAACCCAAAUACAGAGGAGAAGAGAGGCUCACACUCAUACCAUUAGACAAAGACAGAGACAAACCUGAGACCUCGGAUACCUUCAACAACCCCCAAAUCUCUGAUUUACUUCGUCUAAAACACACAGAGAGCGUUAGAAUAUUCCCCAUCAUUUUCUUUCUCUCUAAACCCCACUAGACAAGCACAAGAUUACUCCUUUCUUUCCCUCUCUCCUACUAGAGCUCAACGUUCUCUUGAUUGGAAUGGAAGCUAAGUUUCUCUGAUACACACAAGGAGUGUGAAGGGAAAGACAUUAACAGCAAUACCCAGAAAGCUUUUCUUAAAGACCCAGCAAAAUCCACACCUUUGGUUCCUCAAUACGCCCUCUCUUUAUACAGUCAUAACCCUUUUUUUGGUUAUUUAAUCUGGGUGUUUUUCUUUUUCUUUUUUGAUGGGUUUGAGCUUGGAAGCAAUGUGGCUCGAAUUGGAGAUUUUCUAGGCUCUUUUCGUGGAUGGUAUUUUGUUUUUGAUCUUAAAAGGCAAUGGCGCUGUUCAGGAAGUUCUUUUAUCGGAAGCCACCAGAUGGGCUUCUGGAGAUCUCUGAAAGGGUUUACGUCUUUGAUUGCUGCUUUACCACCGAUGUUUGGGAAGGAGAUGAAUACAAAGUCUAUAUAGGAGGCAUAGUGGGUCAACUUCGUGAUCACUUUCCUGAUGCUUCGUUUAUGGUCUUCAACUUCCGAGAGGGAGAUAACCAAAGCCAAAUUGCUAAUAUAUUGUCGGACUAUGAUAUGACAGUAAUGGACUAUCCUCGACACUAUGAAGGUUGUCCUUUGCUCACAAUGGAAAUGGUUCACCAUUUCUUGAGAUCUAGUGAGAGUUGGCUUUCACUUGGGCAGCAAAAUUUGCUCUUGAUGCAUUGUGAGCGAGGUGGGUGGCCAGUUUUGGCAUUCAUGCUAGCUGCCCUAUUGAUUUAUCGGAAGCAAUUCAAUGGGGAACAAAAGACGUUGGACAUGAUUUACAAACAAUCGCCUCGGGAACUUCUUCAAUUCAUGUCCCCAUUAAACCCAAUGCCGUCACAGUUGAGAUAUCUCCAAUAUGUCUCAAGAAGAAAUGUUGGCUCAGAAUGGCCUCCCUUGGAUAGAGCCCUUACAUUGGACUGUAUCAUUCUGAGAUUCAUUCCAAAUGUGGAUGGAGAGGGAGGUUGUCGUCCGCUAUUUAGAAUAUAUGGACAAGAUCCUUUCAUGGCUGCUGAUCGGACUCCAAAAGUUUUGUUCUCAACUCCAAAGAAAAGCAAAUUGGUUAGGCACUACAAGCAGGCAGAAUGUGAAUUAGUGAAAAUUGAUAUCCAUUGUCAUAUCCAAGGUGAUGUUGUUCUUGAGUGCAUCACAUUGGAGAACGAUUUGGAACGAGAAGAAAUGAUGUUUAGAGUCAUGUUCAAUACAGCCUUUAUAAGAUCAAACAUUUUGAUGCUCAACCGUGAUGAAAUUGACAUCUUAUGGAAUGCUAAAGACCACUUUCCCAAGGACUUUAGAGCAGAGGUUAUUUUUUCAGAGAUGGAUACUGUCACGUCUUUAGUUUCUGUUGAUUUGCCUGGCCUUGAGGAUAAAGAAGGUCUUCCCAUUGAAGCCUUUGCAAAAGUUCAGGAGAUAUUUUGCAAUGUGGAUUGGCUAGAUCCAAAAACAGAUGUAGCACUUAACGUGCUCCAACAAAUCUCUACAUCAAAUGUCCUACAUGGAAAGUUGGACAGUGUAUCUGCUCAAAUUGCUGAAAUAGGCAACGAGUUUCGAGAAUCAACUCCUAAUCAAGUUAAAGUUGAACCAAAGGCAUCAGAAAGCAACAUUCACAACCUCAGAUCCACAAGUCAAGGAAAGCAAUCCAUGCCCUUGUUUGAACCAUCCAUAGAUGAUAAUCUUAUUAGAAAAAAAAUGGAAAGCCAAGAAUUGCGAGAUACAAAUUCAGUUGGGAAGAAGAACAAAAAUAUAACUAAAAACCAGACAGAUAUGCAAGAGUUACAGAUUGCUUUCCAACGGCCCUCCCAGCCUAAGAUCAUUUCUCAAAGAGUACCUCAAGCUUCUUUGUCUUCUCCAGUUUCAUACAGUAGUUCCUUACAAGGAUCACCAGUGCCUAUAUCGAGAUAUCAAAGUGCGCCCUCUGCUCUUGGAAUCACAGCUCUAUUACAUGACCAUGCAGCAUCUAAUAAGGAAGAGGAAAUUACACAUCCAGUGACUUUAGCACCUAGUUCUACUUUACCUAAACUUGUAAAGCCAGAUAAUGUGUCUGUAUCAACACCCCCGCCUCUGCAAUCUCUACAUUCUCUGCCAAACACAAAAGCUACUUAUCCUGAAAUCACAUUGUUGAAUACUUCUGCGCCAGCUUCAAUUCCUUGUCCUUCACAUCUGCCUACUUUAUUGGAGGCAUCCCCUUCUUUCUUUGUCAAGAACUUAACUCCCCCACCACCGUCUUCGUCUUUGAGGGAAUCCCUAUCUCUUGCUAUGGAUUUCAUUCCCACUCCUCCUAUACCACCUCCUUUUCCAGGAACAUCUCCAUCAUCAAAUCUUAAAAGCUCAUUUUCUGCACCAACCCCACCUCCCCCACCUCCAAUAAUAUCUCCAUCAGUCACUAGUAAGACUUCUUUUUCUACUCCUCCCUGUCCUCCACCUCCACCUCCACCUCCUGCUUCAGUUUCUUGUUCAAAUUCUUCCUUGCUGUCUUUGAAGAGCACAGCAAUCAAAUCUGCCCCCCCACCGCCACCGCCACCUCCUAAGCCUCUAGGGACCAAGUCAAGUUCCAUGACUUCUUCAGCACCUCCACCUCCAACUUCUGCAUCAAGGGAUUCUGUGGGUAAAAAGCAUGCAACCACCCUAGCUGUACCACCUCCUCCAGCUCCUCUUAUCAAUGGUGUGUCAAAAGCUAGUACUGCCUCUCCACAAUCUCAUUCUGCUGUUAGUAACGGUAAUGUGCCUUCAAUUCCUGGACCUCCUUCUAGUAUUCUAUUAAGUGGAAAAGGACGUGGCCUCUCACGUCCAAGUCCUAGAAAUCAAGCUCAACCUAAAAAGACUAAUCUGAAGCCGUAUCAUUGGUUAAAACUAACAAGAGCCAUGCAAGGAAGUCUAUGGGAUGAGAUACAAAAAACUGAUGAAGCUUCCAAGGCUCCAGAAUUUGACAGGUCAGAACUUGAGAGUCUUUUCUCUGCAGCUGUGCCAAAUUCAGAUCAGGGAAGCCCAGGUGGGAAGUCAAAUCGACGGGCAUCAGGACCAAAGACUGAGAAAGUUCAACUGAUUGAGCUUAGACGAGCAUAUAAUUGUGAAAUAAUGCUUUCUAAAGUGAAAGUACCUCUGCCUGAUUUGAUGAGUUCAUUACUUGCUUUGGAUGAGUCAACGUUAGAUGGGGAUCAGAUUGAGAACCUCAUAAAAUUCUGUCCAACAAAAGAAGAGAUGGACUUGCUUAAGAAUUAUAAUGGAGCUAAGGAAAACUUGGGGAAAUGCGAACAGUUCUUUUUAGAAUUGAUGAAAGUGCCACGGGUAGAGGCGAAGCUGAGGGUUUUCUCAUUUAAAAUACAAUUUAGUUCCCAGGUAUCUGACCUUAGAAAUAAUUUGAAUAUUGUCAAUUCUGUGGCAGAAGAGAUCAGAAAUUCAGUUAAGUUGAAAAGGAUCAUGCAGACCAUUCUUUCUCUUGGCAAUGCUCUAAACCAUGGAACUGCAAGAGGUUCUGCUAUUGGGUUUCGACUCGAUAGUCUGCUGAAGCUAACUGAUACACGUGCUCAAAACAACAAGAUGACUCUGAUGCAUUAUCUUUGUAAGGUUCUAGCUGAAAAGCUGCCAGAUCUCCUUGAUUUCCCUAAAGAUCUUGUUAGUUUGGAAAGUUCAACUAAGAUACAGUUGAAAUAUUUGGCAGAAGAAAUGCAAGCCAUUAGUAAAGGAUUGGAAAAGGUUGUACAAGAGUUGACCGCUUCAGAAAAUGAUGGUCCUGUCUCAGCAAAUUUUUGCAAGUCAUUAAAGGAGUUCCUCAGUCAUGCUGAAGCUGAAGUGAGGUCGUUGGCUUCACUUUAUUCUAGUGUGGGACGAAAUGCAGAUGCAUUGGCUCUUUAUUUUGGGGAAGAUCCAGCUCGUUGCCCAUUUGAGCAAGUCGUAUCGUCAAUGCUCAACUUUGUGAGGAUGUUCAUCCGAGCACACGGUGAGAACCGUAAGCAUCUUGAAUUCGAAAAGAAAAAGGCACAAAAGGAGGUUGAAAAUGAAAAGAUGAAGCUGGGUGCCUCCAAGAAGGAACCUCAACACCUGAUACAAACUUCUCUCAAGAGUGGGCACAUAAAAUAGCACCUGAGUGGUUACAUUAUAUGACUGGAACCGUUCGCCAAUCGGUUAAGUUAAUUGGUCAAUGAAUGAAAACAUCUUCAACUAUUAUAGGAGAACAAACUUGAAAGUUUGAAAAUAAUAAUAAUAAGGGUUUCUGGUGACUGAUGACAAUGUUAAUAUCAUCCAAUAAUGCUGGUCACAUACGGUAAGUAUCUUUUUAUUACACUUUUGAAGCUUUACAUCAAGGUUAUCUGUUGUGUGGUUGAACUGAGCAUAACAUGGUAUACUCACUCGCUGUUUUUGAAGCAACAGAGCAGGAUUUUGUGGAAGCAUUGUUGGCCUAACCAUAAGUGACUCGUAAGAUAUCUUCAGUUGCUCAACUAGAUGUAAUAAUUUUUUUUUUCUUUCUUACCAUAAUUUUAUUAUUAUUAUUUUUUGUUCUUAUAUAUAUUUCUUCUUCUUCUUCUUCUGUAAUCUGUAAAUUCUUCAAGUAUAUGGGAUGUAAAUGGUUAUAUAAUUCAAUUUUUUGUAGUUCAUUAUGGUGAAAUAGAUCGAAUAAAAACUAACAAGUCAAUCAGAAACUUAGGACCCGUUUGCUUUCCUAUCAAUUUUCAAUACAAGAUGAUUUA